AUGCCGAUACAAUACCAUUGCGAGCCUAUGCUCAAGAGGAUCGGAACGGCGUUGGGUCAACACCUGCGUACAUAUAAGAACACGAGAACUACAACGCAGGGAAAAUUUGCCAGGUUGUGUGUGGAAAUUGAUUUACAGAAGCCUUUAAAGCCAGAGAUUGAAAUUAAUGGCAGAAGUUUUCCCAUCGAGUACGAAGGACUCCACCUUAUUGGUUUCCACUGUGAGCGAUUUGGCCACCGGAAGGAGAAUUGUAGUGAGCUUAAAUGGGUGGGAGAUGGAGUCUGCCCAGGGGAUGCUAAUCAGAUGGAGUCUGUCGAGGGCGAUGAGGCGGCAAAAGAGUCGGCGCCAGCGGUCACCGGAGACGCCGAAACAGGAGAAGCUAAGGCCACCUUCGGCCCCUGGAUGAUCGUGCAGGGCAUGGGGCGAAAGUCUCGAGCGCAAGCCGGGGAAAUUGCGGAGAAUAGGUGGAAGGAGAUCUCGGGGAACACGAGAAAAGAGGAUCAUGGUACUGACAAACUGUUAUUGUUCAAUGCAGUGAGGGAAGCCGAUAAGAAGAAGCGGGCUCCGAUCAGGGGGAACGACAUGAGGAAGAUGGGUCGGGGAGCAGGUAAGGCCUGA